GGGGCCGAGCGCUCGGCCGGGCGGGAGCUCAGGAUGCUCGGGCAGCGCCGCGGGCCGGGCGGGCGCGAUGGAGCCGCCUGAGGGCUGGGACCCCUACGGGCGGCCGGCCCGGCGCACGCAGUGGCUGGUCAGCGCCCUCGCCUACCACUACGGGCUGGACCGCGGCGUGGAGAACGAGAUCGUCGUGCUGGCCACCGGCCUGGACCAGUACCUGCAGGAGAUCUUCCACCGCUUGGACUGCGCCGGUUCGGGCCGCAUCCCCGGCGAGGACUUCCGCACGCUGUGCCAGGUGCUGGGGCUGGAGGAGGCGGCGGAGCCCGAGGAGUGCGCGGAGCUGUGGGACGGGCUCUCGGCCGAGCUCACCUUCCGCCAGUUCCACGCGCGGCUCUGCGGCCACUUCAGCACCCGCGCGGGGCCGCGGCUGCCGCUGGGCCGGGAGAGCGAGCACAUCGAGACCCAGAUCCGCCUGCGCAGCCCCCGCCGCCGCCGCCGCAGCGACCCCGCCGGCCGCGGAGCCGCGGGCAGCGCCGAGCGGCGGCCGCCGGGGCCCCGCUCCCGAGAGUGCUACGAGGAGAUCGUGGCGCUGGAGCAGGCCGAGGACCGCAUGGCCAAGCUGGAGGAGGAGAACGGCAGCCUGCGGGAGCUGGUGGAGGACAUGCGCGCCGCCCUGCAGAGCAGCGAUGCGCGGUGCCUGGCGCUGCAGGUGGGACUGUGGAAGAGCCAUGCCAGCCAUAGAGAAGGAGGAUCCUGCUUCAUAGGGAGGAAGAGACCAUUAACACAGAAGCACUCCCAGACCAAGUGCCUCCAAAGUGUCCUGGAGGAAAUGGAGCUCAUGCGGAGCUCCAGGGAUGGGCAGAUUGAAGAAGCCAUCAGGUUCAGCCAGGAGCUGGAGAAGGAGCUGAAGAGCUCUCAGGAAGCUCUGGUCAGCCUGGAAGAUUGCAACCGUAACCUGAAGAGGGAGCAGGCAGAGACGAGGAGGAAGGUGGAAGAGGCCAGACACGCUGUCCUGAACAGUCUUGGCAAAGUGAAGGAGCUGGAAGUGAGAGCUAAGGAGGUGCCACAUCUGCAAAUACACAUCCAGCAGCUGGAAUCACAACUGCAGCACUACAGGUAGGUUGGAGUCUGACAAAAAGUGCCCAUAAAUUCAGUGUUGGGGCACAGGUGAGUUUGAGAAUCUCUGGUUGGGGCUUAUUAGAUGUCUCCAGAACACCUUGUAAAAUCUGGCCAGAGGGAAAUUAGAAGCUGCUCAUCCAUUUUCUUGGUAGGGGUCUUUAGGAGAUCUAGCAGUCUUCCAGGCCAAAGGGUGCUGGUCUGCAGAGAGCUGAAGUCACUCCUCAGACACUCAACAACAGAACUCAGCAUGCUAAUGCUUCAGGAAAGCCCCAACACAAAUUGCUGAACGUCCUUCAGAAACCAUUUCCAACAGACUUUUUCCGCUGCCUUUCCUGGUCCUUCGGUCCCAUCCCAAGCCAGCUGUAAUCAGAUGGCUGACUCUCCAUUUUGUAUAAAAGCUCUUCAGCUUGUCCUAGGAAUUGGGGAAAAGCACACAAGGACAACUUCUGGCUGCUGGUUGGAAACUUGCUGUGACUUCAUUGCUUCUUCACUGAGAGAACAGGUGAUAGAGGAGGGAAGCUGAAACGUUCCUAAACCCACAAAAUAAUAGAGUGGGAAUCUCAAAAAACACUUGCCAACUAAACCCCACUUUUGCAACGGCAUAAACAAAUCCUUCCAGAAGUCAGAAAGUUGGUCACAAAUUUAAUAGUCCACUGCUUUUGUUGCUUUUAACCUCAGACCAAACUUGGACUCACCGAUGGUUAGUAAGCGUUAGUCAUUUCUGCCCAAGUUCCAGACUGACCUAAGGAAUAAAAUCUAGUUUAUAUUUUCACUGACCCAAAGAAAAUCAGUAUGUCUAGACAUAUUUUUACUUACACGCUAAAUCUAGUAUUUUAAUAAAUUGCACCUUCUGAAGUCCUUGCCUCUUCCUAAACUCACACUUCCUCUGUUUGCUUAUAAGAAGAAUUCAUAGUGAGUUAUUUGUGGCAUCCUAGCUAUUGUAGUGUUUUAUGAAGUGAGGAAGUUCUAAAAAGAACCAUUUUAUCCAGUGUCUUUCUGGCAGCAUUGUGAAUGUUAAUACAUGCAUGGUUGCAGAAGAUCAAAGAAAAUAGAAGCAUUUCUUUAAACACCUGUAGGAUUUAAAAACCCCUGCGAGGGCAUGUAAAGUUCAAGGUGACUGUCAGGGGACUCUGGAGGAAUGACACAACUCCUGGUGCUAAAAGGGAUCACACAGCUUGUCAGGGCUGUCACCUUCUCCUUGGCAUAGGCACCAAAGGUUUUAAGAUGGGUUCUUGUCCUAUGGAAUUGCUUUUCCAAAGUACCAUGAAGGAUAAAAAGAUCACCUUGAAACAGGUUAAAGGCAAUCAACAAUGUCCACUGGCCUUGCAGAACAGGAACUUCAUGGGUUACAUCAAAACAAAGAGUGCCAGUUUAGAAAUGCAAAUUAUAUGUUCCUUGUAAGACAACCUUCAUUUGUAAUACUUCUUUUUUAAUUGCAUGCUAAUUUAAAGUGAGUGUCAAGCUCAGGAAUGGUGCUGGUCUGACCAUGUGGGAACUACACCCCUUUUUUAGCCCUGUAGCACAUUUAGCAGAGGCCCAGGCCAGCUUUUAGCCUCUGAGAUUCUCUGUUGGCCACAAAGCACCUGCACCUCCCCAUCCAGUGAAACAGCUCUCGGUGCAAACAGUUUGACUUAAGAGAUGCAUAAUGAUAACUGGGACUUGCAUGCCUGUGCUCAUAUUCCAUAACACAGGGAAUCCCACCACUCCACGUGUUCCCGGAGUGGCACACAAGGGGCCCAAACCGGCACAAAAUGGUGAAUAAGCGGUGCAGAGCUGUGUGUUAGGGUGAGGAAAGGGUUCAGCAGCAGCUCUGCCCCACGCAGCCUUGGCUGUCCCAGCUUGUCCCACUCCCUCUGCUCGCUCACGCUGCUGCUCAGGCAGCCC